UACGCCAAACUUUUCGACGUUCGUAUAUAAAUGAGACACAAACCUCUCACGCUGCAGAAUAAUUUUUUUUUUUUUUUCAAAAAGAAACAAAAGAAAAAGAAAAUCUGAAUCAUCGAAGAAGUCUUAAAAUUAGCUCUCAUGGCCUACGUCGAGCGAGGUGUUGUAAAAUCUAAGAAAUCAAUAUGGCGACUGAGAACCAUCACUGAUUUCUUCUGGGCUAUUAUAAAUUUUAUAGGCGUGUUCUUUUCUACUAUGUUCUCGAUGGAAAAGUCAGAUGCUUAUAGGAAAGGAUCUGGUUCUAGCAAGAAAUGGGAUGGUGGCCCAGGAGGGCCUGGAAGUGGCCCAUAUGGUGGAGGUCCACGUGGUCCUCCUCGAGGCUUAGACAAUGUCCGAGGGAUUGACCAUAGUUCCCUGCCUGCUUGUGGCUCUUGCUGCGGUUAAUUGUACAGACCUCUGGUGCUUUCCACAAGUGUUUUUGGUUAGGAACAAGAUGUAGUAGUGUGUAAAACUAGUUUAUUCAGCGAACAUCCGCAUACAAUCAAGGGUAUGUUGAGUCGAGAAGUUUGUUCUUGAAUGGUAUAGCUGCUUUAACUGUGUAAACAUAUUCUGUGGGUAUCUUUAUCAAUGGUCAAGAAGUAUUGUUGCCUGUUCUCAAAAACUUAUUUUCUAAUGAUAUAGCUACUUUAACUGUUAAA